UAUUGUAGGCGGGAGGGGAUAAUAAUUGUUCCUUGUAACACGGUCGUACAACUCGGAGCUGUAGGUGCGACCGAGUACCGUCGCCCCCGGCCCCAAGCCUCCUCCAAGUACAAUGCACUGACUGUUUUCUCGUCCUUUCAGGAUCACUACUGUAGUACAGUGUGUAAAGAAACAACGAAAACUUGGAAAAGUAGAAAAGUGGAGAGCACGCCGUUUGGGCUCACUGUUUUUGUUUUAGUCUCCUGAGUCCUGGUUGUUCAAACAAUUACAAGUACACCACCGAACUACAUCAUCUUGCGUGGCCGUUUUCGCAGUCAUUACUCAUGGGUCUUUGAGGUCGAGCCACGUCAAUCAGCAAGCAAGCUCACCAUCGUCGCCCGUUUCAGUUGCCGAAACACUUGCCGCUGAGAGAAAGCAACUGCAUUGUCGACGUUGUCGCCAGUCGCAGUGGCAGUCCUCCCUGCCUAAUACUAACACCAGCCAGCUACCAUACCAUCAUUAUCAUGUCGACGUCCAGGUAUGGACCGUCGAGACAGCCCCAGCAUAGCCGCGUUAGCUCGGCACAAGGCCGACUGGAAGGGAAUCUGGCAGACUCGGGUCCGCUCGGCAUGGUCGCCGCGCCACCGAUGUCUUUCGACGAAAUGCGCACCAGCCUGAGCCGCCAGGGACAGAGACUACCCGGAGCCAACUACCUGCGACGGAGAUCAGCUAGUGGGCCGAUGGUUAAGACAGUGCGCAGAAACAAGCCGACUGAGGAGUGGAGCACACAUUUGCGGGAGACAAUUGAUCCGGGUAACAGCCACUAUGGGUUUGAGUUCCAUGCAGAGGGCUCCCGAAACCGACCACAUCCAAGCGAGGAUUUCCUUCGAUGGCGGCUACCUGCGAACAAGAGUGUUGGCUCUGGACGGAUGACGAGGACCACGCAGACACUGCGCAGGCAGACAAAGGAAGGUUUCUACCUGGACUACAGCACAACCAUGAUGUCUAAUGAUGGAGAUGGGGAAACCGAGGUCCUAACCAAAGUCCAAAACCUCCCAUAUGAUCCGGCCAAUUACGUCGAGGCAGCUCGCAGGGAACUCAAGUACAAUCCUCCAAUUCCGCCGCAGUACAUAUUCGAGCACUACGGGUAUAGACCCGAGGAUGACAAUGAAGACGAUGACGACAGGGCACACCUGCACCAGCCGACCAGAACAACAGAUCAAGAAGCGCAUGAGAGCAGCUCUGAUGAUGAUGAUUCGGACGAGAAGCAGGGUGACCAGCUCAAGGUCGGCAAACCUGAGAUUGUUCUUGUACCUGAGAAGAAGCUAAGAGCCUGGCUGAAGCCAUCAGCAUGCGCCAAGGGACCUUCACUGAAGAAGCCGGGCAACAAACUUGUCAGAAUUGAAGUCGACGAGCCCGGCAUCAGAGCCCAUACGCCUCACAUAUCUACGAGAAAAAUUGAACAAGCUCCCCGGAAGAGCGCUUUGAAGAGACCUCCCACACCACACCGUAUCAGUCUCAAGAAGCCGACAGGAAAGGUGCUGUCUCACCAGUGGGCAGUUCCUAGAGAGAACGCUGGGGCAGGGGAGAGCCACCUGAAAGCCAAAUCAACCAGAAUCAUGGGUGGACACCAUGCUGGCUGCACGCAGAGCUCCCGUUGCGAACACUGCCAGCGGAGAGAGUUCGAGGAUUUCUACAAGUCCUUUGCAAGUCUCACCGACAUAGGCAAGAAGCAACUAUUGGCAUCACUACCACACAACCCUGCACCGGAGGUGAUGCGCUACCAGCGUCGCGACAGCAUGGACCCAACGGAGAACACCUCGUCGGCGUUUGGUCAGACAAGACCACGGCAUAUUGGCCAGUUCACGAUAGCGCCCGACUGGUCGUCCGAGAUCACCUCCAAGACCUUUCGCCACCGCCCGCGUACUUCCUACAACAUCCUAACCCCAAGUGUCUGACCCGCUCAGUCAAGUUCUCGCCGUCUUGGUUCAUUAGGGUUCAUCCUUGUGUGCUUCACCAGUCCUGUCAUCUAACCGAAAAAAAGGUCAUGUAUAAAUGUAACACGCUUGUGUCUAUACUGGAGACAUGUAAACAAGAAUCUGUCAUAAUUAUACAAGUAUGUCAUACUUGUCUACCAGUCGUGGGCCACUCAGCCAGCCGUACUUGCACGGACGCUUCCAAAGACGUAGAAUGUGCUGUUCUUUUGCAAGUACAUGUGCAUGGCUGUGCCGCAACUUCACGUAUCCCGUGCCAUCUCAGUAAGUCUAGUCGUGAGGCAGUGCUGUCGGCUGGUUACAGGAUGUCACGUAGUGGACGGAAACCGAGACUACAGCAUGGCGGCUGACGCUCUUCACGACUGAACCAGCGACUGAGUAGAGUACCAGUAGUUUGAGUAUCAUUAGCAUUGCUCAGUCCAUUGAGUCCCAGCAGCAGCAACGAGUAACACUAAGAGCUUAUCGCAGCAUCCUAUCCCAGUCACUGUUGAAGGAUUGUAAGCUUGCUACACUAUCUCCGUCCCCAAUGUCGUAUUAUCCACUAUGUCUUGUUUAGUAUAUUUGCCAUACCACAUGGCUACUCGCUCUUUUUUGGCUUUUGACAAAAUUUGUUGAUUUUUUUUUACAAGCAAUACAAGGUUGCUUUUUCGUCCACCUAAAUAGGCUAAUUUUGUGAAAGCUUCAGCUGUCAAUGUUUCAUCACAACGGCUGCUGCCAGCAGGUCCAGGAUUGAUAAUUUAUCAGUUUCCGAACGUCCCAGUAUUUCUAAGCAUAAUGCUUGUCAAUGCGAUGUUGAGGUAACCAUCAUGGACAGCAAGUAGAACAUGACUUACCAUGUA